AUGACUCGUGCUGCACGUAACUCAUUUAUGUCUCUGGCGACACCAAAUGACGUGAAGAAUUAUACAAACGAAGUUGGUCAAAUUCAAUGGGCGCAGGUGCCACUUAAUGCCGCUUUAGACAAGCUCAAGACUGGCCGGGAAGGUCUGACAUCGAAUGAAGCUGAAAGGCGUUUAGCUGAGUAUGGUCCAAAUAAACUUCCUGAGGAAAAAGUGAACAAAUUGACGCUCUUCUUAGGCUUCAUGUGGAACCCCCUUUCAUGGGCCAUGGAAGUGGCUGCUGUGCUGUCAAUUGUGCUAUUAGAUUACGCUGAUUUUGCAUUGAUUUUAUUCCUGUUACUUCUAAAUGCUUGCAUUGGCUAUCUAGAAGAAGUACAAGCUGGUGAUGCCGUGUCAGCGUUGAUGGGCCAACUAGCCCCAGAAGCCAAAGUGUUUCGUGAUGGCGAGAUAAAGAAUAUUCCUGCUGAUUUAUUGGUACCUGGUGAUGUUAUCCGUGUGCGAUUGGGUGAUGUGAUUCCGGCUGAUCUCAAAUUCCUCGAGGGUGAUGCAGUCAAGGUGGAUCAAUCGUCUUUGACGGGUGAAUCCUUGCCAGUAACGAAGAAUGAAGGAGAUGAAGGAUAUUCUGGAUCUGUGGUAAAGCAGGGAGAAAUUGAAGCUGUUGUGACCAGUACGGGCGUCAACACGUUUCUAGGCCGUGCAGCUGAAAAAAUUGCUUCUGCAGAGUCACAUGGUCGUUUGCAAAUGGUUCUGACAACGGUUGGUAACUUUUGUAUGGUAUCAAUUGGUUUCUG